UUAAAUCCCAUCAUCCACCCACGAUAAAACAGCUCAGAGACCACAGAUGUCCUCAGCUCAGACCAGGGACCCUGGUCCACCAGAUCCUGGUCUAAUAUUUGUCCAAAGCUAAAGUUAGUGGAGACAUUUGAAUUAUCUAAAUAAAAGUUUCAGAGUCAUCUGACGCUGUGAAAAAGCUCCUCUGUAAUUAACAAUGUCUCUUCCUCCUUCCUCUCCCUAUUCUCUUCCUCCUCCUCCUUCCCCUCCUUUAUAUAACUCUAUAAACAGGAGGAUCCUCCACCCAACAACAGUCAUGAAACUGCAGCACAGGCUGAGGUCCAGCACCCUGAUCCUACUGGUUAUCCUGCAGGUCUCAGCCAUGGUCCUCUUCAGGAUCUGGUACCUGAAAGCCAACACCUGCACCUCCACCAUCUCCACCAACCAAAAGGUCCAUGUCCUGCUGCUGUCCUCCUGGCGAUCGGGCUCCUCCUUCCUGGGUCAGGCCUUCAACCAGCACCCAAACGUCUUCUACCUGAUGGAGCCCGGUUGGCACCUCUGGACCACCAUGCAGAAACCAGGCAUGCGCUCAAUGAAGAUGGCACUGAGGGAUCUGAUGAGGAACCUGUUCCUCUGCGACUUCUCCGUCAUGGACUCCUACCUUCCGGACCAGCGUAACAUUUCCUCCUUGUUCAUGUGGAGUCACAGCCGAGCGCUGUGUUCUCCUCCAGUCUGUUCUCUCACCCCACGAGACCAGUUCAGCAACCAGACGCUUUGUGACAAGAAGUGUGAUUCACGGGGUCUAGAGAAGGUCCAGGAGGCCUGCACCACCUACAGUCACGUGGUCUUAAAAGAAGUCCGGUUCUUUGAGCUGGAAUCUCUUUAUCCACUUUUCCAGGACCCCAGUCUGGAUCUCCGAAUCAUCCACCUGAUCCGAGACCCCAGGGCUGUGGAGCGCUCCAGGGAGGAGUCCAUCAACUCCUUCUUGAAGGACAGCGCUAUCGUCUUGGAACAGAAGAGCAUACCCAGAGCUGAGAUCGAGCUCCUCGUCAUGCAGGAGAUUUGUCGUAGCCACACACGAAUCUUUGAAAGGGCCACCGUGAACGCGCCCCCGUUCCUGACAGGUCGAUACAGGAUGGUACGCUUUGAAGACUUGGUUCGAAACCCUCUGGAGGAAAUGGCUGCGUUAUAUGAGUUUGCUGGUCUGGAGAUGACGCCCCUGCUGGGGGACUGGAUCUACACCCUGACCCAUGGAAAACUGCCUUCAAGGGACGCUACCUUUAAGGUCACUUCACGAGACGCCAGCUACGUCUCGCAGGCCUGGCGCAACGAGCUGCUGCACGGCAAAGUCAGACGUAUCCAGCAGGUGUGUGAAGAGGCCAUGGCUGUGAUCGGGUACCGAGCCGCCGACAGUGAAGAACAACAAAAGAACAUUAGCGUAGAUCUGCUGGUGCCACGGAACUCAUCUCAGUUCAGAUGGUAGCUAUAAAAAAAAGAGCAAGUGACAUCAUCAGUUAUAGACGUCACAUGAUUGGGCGUUCGCAAAUAUUUUCAUUGUGAUCAAUUAGGGACAACUGUGAUCAAUUGUAUCAAAUAUCAAUAUUUGACAAUGAGACUUACAAAUGUAAUUUUUUAAUUAAUCUAACUGUUGGUUAAUAAAUAAACCUCCAGGGGGAGCUAAGGAACAGAAAUGAUUACAUUUUCACUAUCACUGUGUCCACUGAGUAUAAAAGUCAUUUUACAGUUACAGUUGAACUCUGUCCUGACAUUUUGACAUACCUAUUAGAACGGUGGACACACACAGCAGCAUUCUGACAUUCUACAUGUCAAGAUGAAAACAGGAAGUGAUUUCUGACUUCAAUUGUUAAAUUUCUUUAAACCUCCCAAACAAUAUAGAGAAAAGAAUUGUGUUAGUGUAAUUUGACACAGCAGCCACCAGAGGUCAGUGCUAAGAUGGCGUCACAAAGAAGCCUUUUAUCCCAGUUCCUGAGCUGGAAUUGAGCUCCACAGUAAAACCAGUCUGAAGUUCGACCACAGUCAGAACAGAAGUUCCACAGUUCUCCUAACAUAAAGUAGAACCUCAGCCGUAGGGUUCUGUAGAACCCGGACCAGACCAGGAGAUUAGCUGUGGGCUGGACUGCAGGUCUCACAUGUCCUCAGGUGCUGUCCUCUCCUUCCUGUCUCUGGUUUCAGCCUCGACAACCCUUCACACACUCCUGCCCCCUUCAGGUGGAAAACAAUAGGGUCUUUCAUUAUUGAAGUGUGUUUUCAAAUGGCCUCCAACAGAAAACUGGAGCCGGAGACGACGUUUCAGUCGAACUGGACCAAGACCACAGAACUCUUACUGCUGCUGCUACUGUGCUGCUGAGUAAAAAGUAAAGAAAGUGAGUAAAAAUCACUCGUUUUCUCUAUGGACUUAAGUGUGUGUGUGUGUGUGUGGGGGGGGCUGUUGUGACAGCUGAUGUGGAGCAGGGACAAAUCCGUUGGUGUGUUCACAGCUGGUCCUCUGGUUCUGUCUAUGGUUCUGUCCAUCUGCUGCAGGUCAGUGUCGUCUGAGGACAGACGAACAUGAAGCCUGUCCUCAUACGACACUGGGGUAUUUACAUUCUCUGUGUGUGUGUGAGUGUGUGUGAGUCACUUGUUGUGACAAACAGCAGGUUGUGUGUUUGUGUCGAGUCCGUCCACUGGGACAGUUUGGUGUCACUGGAGAAAAAGGCUGAGGCUGGAA